AUGUUGUCUAAACGCGGGUAUAAUCCGGUCCAAGCAGAAACAAAAAAGAAGAAGAAAAGGGAGCAAAACAAGCUGCGUGAAGAACGAGCCAGGCGCUAUGAAGAAAAACUAUCACAUAGAAAUGUCGGACAACUGGAGCGUCAAAUAUCGGAAUUGACUGCGUUAGAAGGAUCCCAAGGUCUUAAUGCUCAUGAUAAGCAAAUUUUACAAAACUUACAAAAGGAUUUGGCGGUCAUACGAAAGAAAAAUAUACAUGGUCAUUCGGUGGGUAGGAUCGAGUCUGAAAAAACAAAGGAAGAAGAGCGAAAGUUCAAGCCUAGACGUCCAUUUAUUCCCAAAAAUCCAAAGAAAAGUGCUUAUUAUGAUCCAGUGUUUAAUCCGUAUGGCGUACCUCCUCCGGGAAUGCCAUAUCGCGAGAAAGAAGAAGAAAGCUCAGAGACAGAUGAAUCCGUAAUUGAUAUUCCUAUGCCAGAAGGAGAAUACCCUUUUGUAGAAAAGAAGAAGAAGGAUAAGAACAAGGUACGUAACAUUGGAAGACGGCGAGAUGAACCCCCAUCGACAGCGGCAACCCCAAUUAAUGAACCAUCGAAUACCGCAGAAGCAGAAGAUUCCCAUAAAGCUGAGGCUCAAAUAGAAGAUGUGGUUACAGAGUAUUCUGCUCAGCCAAUUGUUCGCGAUCUUCGAAAGGAAGCUACUCAGUUUCUCCCCGCAGCUGUGCGCAGUCAAAAGCGCAAGUCUAGGGAAGAUGAAUCGGCAGUCGCUCAAAAUCAUGCUGAAAAGAAACAAAAUCAAGAUCCAGACAACGAAAUGAACUUGUCUCCGUAUCUAUACUGA